AUUUGCAAUCGGACAAUCUGAUCCAUAGUGUAAACUGAAAACGACCGACCAUCGAAAGAAGAUGAGGUUCUCUCGUUGAGACCCUCCCAACCCCAAACACGUUUCUCUUUAACUCACCAUUCUUUCUUCUUUCCUGGUCCACAUCCAGAUUUCCUCCUUAUGGUUACCAUUCCACACUUCUCUUUCAACCCACAAUAAUAUCUAAUUCUAACUCCCAACAACACAAAUUAUCUCUUAGUUUUACCUUCCUUGCAAUUCAAAACAAUUGCCACCCCCUUUUGAGAGAGAGCUCAAUCAUGGCUGCUGCACCCUUCUUGCUUGAAUCAAACCUUAAAUGGAACCCUUUGUUGUAUACUCCAAACCCAAUACAGUAUACCCGUUUAAUCCAUUAUCAAAAGCUUACACCUUCAAAAUUCUCCAAACCCUCUAAGCUGACCGUCAAAUGUUUCAGCAAGAAUCAUAAAAAUGUCUGCUUUAAUGAUGGAAAUGGGUUGGAAAUGAAGAAUAAAGAAAACCCAUUUGAGAUAGUUGUCAAAAGUGUCAUGAAAGCUCUCAAAGCGUUGCAGAAGCCAGCUGUAGCGGCUGUAUUGGUGGGGUUGUUGUUGAUGUAUGAUCCGAAUUCAGCAUUGGCUGCUUCUGGUGGGAGGAUAGGUGGCAAGUCCUUCUCGUCGUCGCGGAGCUCGUCUCCGUCGAGGGGGUAUUCUAUGAGGACAGCAGAGCCUAGAUUUUCGUAUUCAGCUCCGUAUUAUGCGCCCUCCCCUUUUGGGUUUAGUGGGGGCGGUGUUUAUGUAGGUCCAGCUGUUGGUUUUGGGUCAAGUGCGUUUCUGGUUAUGAUGGGCUUUGCUGCGUUUAUUAUGGUUUCUGGGUUUCUCUCUGAUCGGUCUGAGGGCAGUGUACUUACUGCUACUGACAAAACUAGUGUGCUCAAGCUACAGGUUGGAUUGUUGGGGUUGGGUAGAUCACUUCAAAAGGAUCUCAACCGGAUUGCUGAAGUGGCAGAUACAUCCACACCAGAGGGUUUAAGCUUCGUCCUGACAGAGACGACACUAGCUUUGCUUCGGCACCCUGGUUAUUGCAUAUCAGCUUAUUCAUCUGUUGAUGUCAAGAGGAGCAUGGAGGAAGGCGAGAAUCGAUUCAAUCAACUUUCCAUUGAGGAACGUGGUAAAUUUGAUGAAGAGACACUUGUGAAUGUUAACAACAUCAGAAGGAAAAGCUCUACUAGCCAGAGGGCAAGUGGAUUUAGCAAUGAAUACAUAGUGGUUACAAUCUUGGUAGCUGCUGAAGGUGUUUAUAAAUUGCCUACUAUUAACGGAAGUGGAGACUUGAAAGAAGCGUUGCAAAAGAUUGCUUCUAUUCCUUCCAGUAGAACACUGGCAGUUGAGAUUCUAUGGACUCCACAGAACGAAAACGACACAUUAUCAGAACGAGAACUUCUUGAGGAUUACCCUCUCUUGCGACCUCUGUAAGAAAUCUGGGACUUUCUUAAAGAUUAUAGUUAUACAAGCUCCUAUCAACCCCUUUUUGUUAUCUCCAUGUAUAUAUAUAUAUAUAUAUAUAUAUAUAUAACUCAUAGAGCAUCGACAAUCCUUGUAUAAGAAUGAGGGUAAAUCGUCAAAUUGUGUAUAUAAAAAGCCUGGAUUCUCUCUUAAGUGAAAA